AUGUGCAGGUUCAAGCAGACGAGGGUGUGUGGUUUGGAGCAGAAGCAUGGCGGCCGGGACCCAGCAGCAGGUGUGGACUCGUCCUCCUGUCUCAGCGGGACAGGGAGGGACAGCGGCUUCGGCAGUGACAGCGCUUGCAUCCGCAUCGUUCAGAUCGAGCAGCAGAGUGGGGCCAGCCACCACCGCAUCGCCCGGCCCUCACACACCUCCACCAUCACCAAGAACCUCAGCUUCAUCCCCUUCGAUAUCUUCCUCACAGCGAGUAGACUCUCCGUCAUGACCUACGCAUGCUCCAGCCCCCCGAAGGCCCUCCCCUCAUCGUCUGACACUCCCGGCACCCACGAGAAGAAAGAGCCCAGGGAUAAGGUGGGAAAAAGUGCUCUGAACCAGCCUGAGAUCCUGCCUGAGUCUCCUCCAGCCUCGACCCCCCCCACACCAGACCCCGCUGCAGUGGCCCAGGUUUCUCUUGCUGGCCUCACCGCUGAGGACAUCCUCAACAGCAACAACUCUCAGACGGCCUCCCCCCUACUGAGAGGCAGCCUGCUUUCCCUGGGGGGCCUGCCGACGCCCAGCCGCUCCUCCGCACGCCAAGCCCUGGGUGUUACCAUAGUGAGGCAGCCGGGGAGGAGAGGGGCGGGGGACCAGGUUCUGGAGCCUCUCCUGUACAUCCAGGUGAUGCAGCCUUCUGCUCUGCUCAGCUGCCACCACCGCAAGCAGAGGAUGGAGCUCUCUGUGUUCGACGUGGCCUUACGAGGAGUCCCCUCUGACUACAAGUGUUUGGACCCAGGAAAGACUCUGCCAGAGUCUCUGGACUACAAUGUGUUUUGGAUGCAGACAGUAGCAGGAGAGGUAGUCAGCAAAACAGGCAUCCCCCCCCCUCUGCUCUGCCUCCAGGUCAAAGAUUUCCUCAAUGGACCGGAUGGGAAAGUGUUACACAUAUUUCAGAACUGUAUCAGGAGGCACCAGGAGAGGCGGGCCAUUCUGACACCGAUCCUGACGGACUUCUCUGUCCGGGUGACCGCUGCCCCAGCCAUCAUCUUCAGCAAGAACAUUUCCCCUGACUGCGGUCAGGCAGAGGAGGUAGUGGUGUGUGGCCACUCUCUGGAGGUGAAUGUGACCAGCAGUUUGGAUUUCUACCUCAGCGUGGCCCAGGUGCAGCUCCUCCAGCAGCUCCUCACAGAAAACAUGGUGGGGAUGGACACUCCUGAGAAAAGUGCUGAGCUGGAUUGA